GAAUCUGCCCUCCGCCGCCGCCGCCAUGCUGCCCGCCGCGCUGCUCCGCCGCCCGGCCCUGGGCCGCCUCGUGCGCCAGGCCCGCGCCUACGCCGAGGCCGCCGCCGCCCCGGCUCCCGCCGCGGGCCCGGGACAGAUGUCUUUCACCUUCGCCUCCCCCACGCAGGUGUUCUUCAAUGCCGCCAACAUCCGGCAGGUGGACGUGCCCACGCAGACAGGAGCCUUUGGUAUCCUGGCUGCACACGUGCCCACCUUGCAGGUCCUGCGGCCGGGGCUAGUCGUUGUCCACGCGGAGGACGGCACCACCUCCAAAUACUUCGUGAGCAGCGGCUCGGUCACCGUGAACGCGGACUCCUCGGUGCAGUUACUGGCCGAAGAGGCUGUGACACUGGACAUGCUGGACCUGGGGGCAGCCAGAGCGAACUUGGAGAAGGCGCAGUCGGAGCUGUCCGGGGCGGCGGACGAGGCCGCCAGGGCCGAGAUCCAAAUCCGAAUCGAGGCCAACGAGGCUCUGCUGAAGGCCCUGGAGUAGGCGGUGCGUGGUCCUCGCCGGCAGGGAAGCGGAGGGGGGAGCUGGAUAUGGGCGGCCAGGGUUGGUGGAACCCACUCCUGUGGGUCCAGACUGGAGGGGGGUGUCCUUGCAGAGGAGGCCACCAGGGGGCAGUGCAGGGCCAGGUUCUGCUCAGAGCGCACCCCCA